AUGACGUACACUGCCAUUGUUAUGUAUCCCAACGAUGCCGAUGUCCAGUUCGACGACUCCUACUACAUGAAAACCCACAUGCCACUCGUCGAAAGAACCUGGAAGAGCCACGGUCUGAUCAGCUGGCGCGUCACCAAGUUCCCCACCACGCUCGAUGGCUCGCGGUCUCAGUAUCUGAUCAUGGCCACCCUCGAGUGGGAGAGCGAGGAGUCUGUGAAGUCUGCUCAGCAGAACCCUGGCAGUGCGGCCGUGUUUGCCGAUAUCCCCAACUUCACCAACGUGAAGCCUAUCACUCUGGCUGGUUCCGAACUCCAAGUUUAA